UUUACAUUUGUUGCAGCUCGUCGAGAUGAAUCCUCCGAUGAUCAACUCCACCAACUCCGUCUCAACAACAAGAAGGAAACGAGAGGCCGAGCGCUCUGUUAACUGGACGGUGGAGGAAACGCAGGUGCUGCUGUGCGCCUGGAGCAACGAGCGCGUCCAGAAGAGCUUGGCGGAAACCCUCCGCAACCGCCACGUCUUCAAACACCUCUCAGCCCGCAUGAGUGAGAUGGGUUUCAGUCGAAGUCCACACCAGUGCCGGCUACGGGUCAAAACUCUGAAGGCUAACUAUGUGAGAGCCAAACUGCAGAAGAGCGUCGACAGCUCGCAGCCGUGCACUUUUAAAUACUUUGCGGAGAUGGACGCCGUGUUGGGCCGGAGGUCAGUGGGAGGGCCCUAUUUUGUUUCUCCAGAACGGAUGGCAGAGUGUCACCCUAACUCCAUUGAUAGGACAGGAAGUGUCCCGCUAGAUUUAAACUCUAGUACAGAGAUUACUGAACACCAUUUUGAUUCUUUGGGGGGGACAGGAAGACCAUUUAUGAGCUCUGCAGACGGGAGAGGAGACCGGCAGUCGUGGCAGCUCGAAUCUGACAUCAAGUUGGAGGACGGAGGAGAUUCAACGGAUGAAUUUGAGUUCAACAACGCAGGAUUUCCACAAUGUCCGAGAGACAGGUGCCACGAUGUCUGGAGUCUGGAGUCAUCCGUCCAUCGUGACAUGAGUGGUACACCAGUGGAAAACAGCUUGAGCACUCCUUCCCCACAUGUAGUACCACCUCCAUCUCCAUCUCCUCCUCCUCCUCCUCCUCCUCCUCCUCCUCCUCCUCCUCCUCCUCCUCCUCCUCCUCCUCCUCCUCCGCCUCUUACCCAGUCCACUGGCUCUCCUCUCCCUGCACCCCCAGAUCCAAGCCCCAGCACCCUCCCCACCUCUGGCCACCACCACCUCGAGUCCACCCGCCUGGAACCCGUCCUCAAGCACCUGCUGGAGAGCUUCCACCGGCUGGUGUCGGAGACCCGGGGCCUGCUGGUGCAGCUGGAGGGCCAACGCCAGGAGCACGCCCGCUGGCACCAGGAGCUCCUGGCCCAGUGGCUGCAGAGGGAGGAGCGCCGGCAGAGGGAGACGGGCGAGAGGGAGGAGAGGAGGGAGAAAGCUCGCAUGGAGCACGAGAUCCGAGUCCUGGAGCUCCUCACAGGUCUAGCCAGAGAACACAGGUGUAAGUGCGGAGGUGGCCAGACUGUAUCAGGGGCAGCGAGCUCAGGUGGAACCAAAUAAAAACACUGACAAUGCAAAACAGCCACAUUCAGGGCAGCGUGGUUUGGAUCGAGACUCUAACUGAACCAAAAAAUUACGGGAAAAGACCCUCAAACUGCAAGAGUGUGAGAAAAAGCUGCUGAUUGUUUACUGACAGCUGGAGGUCAGCUGUGCUCAGAACACAAAGUUACAGUUGGAGUGUGAAGGAGAAGAUGCUUUUCUCUCUGGUUGGAGAUUCAAUAGGUCUCCGUUGAUUGUACCAAAUGUGAUGGAACUGCUUCAUGCACUUUUACAG